AUGGUGCAUUCCAAACUUAUUGGAGUUGCAAUAUUAUUGGUAUUGCUCUUUCUGGAUCUUGCUUUUGGUGCAAGAUUUUAUGGUAGAGGAGGUGGCGGUGGAGGUGGAGGGGGAGGUGGUGGUGGAGGGUCAGCAUUGGGGGUGGGGUCAGGUUAUGGUUCAGGGUAUGGCUCUGGGGAAGGCUAUGGGUAUGGUGAGGGUAAUGAUGUGUUUGGGAGUAGCGGAGGUGGUGGUGGAGGUGGAGGUGGUGGUGGUGGAGGCGGCGGUGGAGGGAACUCAGGAAGAGGUAGUGGCUCUGGAUAUGGCUCAGGAUCAGGGUCAGGGUAUGGAUCAGGUGGAGGAAUAGGCAGGGGUGGUGGUGGUGGCCAAGGUGGUGGGGGUGGAGGUGGCUCAGGAAAUGGUUCGGGUUAUGGAAGUGGAAGUGGUUCUGGUUAUGGAAGUGGUGGUGGAAGUGGCGGUGGUGGUGGUGGUGGUGGCGGCGGUGGUGGAGGAGGAGGUGGUGGAGGUGGCGGCAAUGGUUCGGGAUAUGGUAGUGGCUCCGGCUAUGGAUCAGGGUAUGGAGGAGGAAAUGGAGGCUAUGGAGGGAAUGAACCUUGA